UUGCGGAUAAAAUCACCCUAAUAGUUGUCACCAUCAAAUAAUAACAUAUAGAAUACCACAAAACUGACUUGUAAAAAUCCCAAACCUUAGCCGAAACAGUUCGAGCCGAAGUUAAGCCAGUUUCCUUUCAUGCAAUAAAUACACAAAAGCAAGGUGAAUUCUUAACAAGUACGAAGUCCCUGUACUCACAUGCGGCGCGUCCUUUAAUUUUGCGGAGCAACAUGACAGUAUCCUGGACAGAUGAGUUAACCGAAGAUUCAGAAUUACCCCCUGUUGAAGAAAAGUUCGAUUCAGAACGUAACAUUAAAACUGUCGUACGAUAUUUCUUCAAUGAAGACGGUGAUUUGAUCAAGGAAACUAAAGAAUAUCAAAGAGAAAAACGAGUUGUUGCUUCACGAGUAGCGGACAGAAAAAAAUGGAAAAAGUUUGGCGCUUCAAAAUCUGAUCCAUCUGGCGGAAAUUUAGCCAAUACUUACCCAGCCGAUAUAGUUACCAUGCAAAUUGUUCAAUCAAGACAGCCUGAACAAGAGCAAAAGAGACAGGAAGAGAUGAAUGUGAAAACAAAACUUGGAGAACCUGUGAUUGUUUGUAAUUAUUGUAAAGGUGGACAUUUCACUCGUACUUGCCCGUACAAAAGUGAUAUGGAAGCAAUGCAGUUGUUACAAGAACAACUUCGUGCUAAAACGGAACCUACAGAAGAAACAGCUAAAGAAUUACAAAAUGAUCGUUCUGGACGUUAUAUACCACCAUCAUUACGUGGUGAUGCAGCCAAUACUAGUGGGUCUAGUAUGUCAACUGACAAACGUCCAUUCGAUGAAAACACUGUACGUGUCACUAAUUUACCACCGGAUACAACUGCAGAUGAAUUGAAAUCAGUGUUCAGUGCAUUUGGUCACGUAGUGCGCAUCUAUCCAGCAAAAGAUAAAUUGACACAACAAAACAGGGGAUUUGCCUUUAUAUCCUUCAGAACUGCGGAAGAGGCGAAAAGUGCAAUUUAUGGUGUCAAUGGUCUUAGACAUAACCAUGUUGUUUUAAAAGUCGAUUGGGCAAAGGUUGAAAAAUUGAUCAAUUUCUACUGAAAGCAUCCGUUUUGUGCCGUGUUACAUAACCUAAAUCAGUCAAUGUCUGUGUUAAAUAUUAUUUAACAACAAUUCAAAUAAUCUUCACUUUUCCAGAAUAAAGCGAUAUCAGCUCGUGAAAUCGUGUACAUAACGUUAACCUAGAAAGACACGACCGAUUCACCAAUUGCUAUAAAAUUAAAUUCCGGCAUAUAUUACUCAUUGUUUAAUGUUUUAGUUUGCAUAUUAGUAUCAAUAUAAA